CUACUUUUUCCUUGCUAGAAAAACCAACUGAGAAGAAACAGAUGAAAAAUGAAAAAACCAAAGGUACCCCGCCAGCAAAAGAAGCUCCACGACAUCAAAAUCUGACAUCAGGAGAAGACCGAGUUCAAAACCAUUUAAGGAACCUGAAGGUGCACCAGUCCAUGGGACCUGACAAGAUACAUCCCUGGGUCCUGAAAGAACUGGCCAAAGAAGUGGUUAAGCCACUAUCUAUCAUAUUUGAGAAGUCAUGGCAAUCUGGUGGAGUUCCCAUUGACUGGAAAAGGGGAAACAUACCCAUUUUUAAAAAGGGAAAUAAGGAAGAACCAGGGAACUACAGGUCAGUCAGUCUCACCUCAGUGUCUGGCAAGAUCAUGGAGCAGCUACCCCUGGAAACUAUGCUAAGGCACAUGGAAAAUAAUGAGGUGAUUGUUAACAGCCAACAUGGCAUCACUAAAGUCAAAUCAAGCCUGACAAAUUCAUUGGCCAUCUACAGUAUGGUUACAGCAAUGGCAAAUGAGGAAAGAGCAAGAGGUCUCACCUACCUGGACUUGUUUAAAGUCACUGUCCCACAUGACAUCCUUGUCUCUAAACUGGAGAGACAUGGAUUUGACAGGUGGGCCACUGGGUGGAUAAGGAAUUGGCUGGAGGGUCACACUCAAAGUGUUGCCGUCAGCAGCUCAAUGUCCGAGUGGAAAGCAGUGACUAGUUAUGUUCCUCAGGAACUGGUAAUGGAACUGGCACUGUUUACCAUCUUUGUUGGUCACAUGGACGGUGGUGGGCUUGAGUGCACCCUCAGUAAGUUCACUGAUGACACCAAGGUGUGUGGUACGGUUAACAUGCUGGAGGGAAGGAGUAACACCCAGAGGGACCUUGGCAGGCUUGAGAGGUGGGCACAGGUGAUCCUUGUGAAGUUUGACGAGGCCAAGUGCUAUGUCCUGCACCUGGGUUGGGGCAAUCCCAAGGAUAAGUACAGGCUGGGCAGAGAAUGGAGUGGGACUAGUCCUGGGGAGAAGGACUUGGAGCUGCUAGUGGACAGAAAACCCA